GAGCACAGCGCGCCACUUUCAACAUUUGUGCCUAAGGAAAGUCUUCCUGUGCGGUUUAGAUAGUAAUAUAUCUGUUAUUUAUUCAAUAGUUUUUGUUUUCUGUUAACUGUAGCUUCUUUAAAUAGAAAUGGAGUGUAUCGAUUUCCCAAGAGUUCUUCCAAACUCACCGAGAAAAGCCAGAGGACAAAUUCAGGUUAUUUUUGGACCGAUGUUUUCAGGAAAAAGCACUGAACUUAUGCGAAGAGUGCGCCGGUUCCAGAUAGCCCAGUAUAACUGCUUGGUGAUCAAAUAUGCCAAAGACACACGUUAUUCUGACACAGGCAUGGCCACGCAUGAUCAAAACACAAUGUCUGCUGUACCAGCCAGCUGUCUGGGAGAUAUCCGGCCUCUGGCAUUACAAGCCUGCGUCAUAGGAAUCGAUGAGGGACAGUUUUUUCCAGACACAGUGGAGUUUUGUGAAGAGAUGGCCAAUCUAGGGAAGACAAUCAUCGUAGCUGCUUUGGAUGGAACCUUCCAGAGAAAGCCGUUUGGAAACAUCCUGAACCUCAUCCCUCUAGCGGAGAGCGUGGUGAAGCUCCACGCCGUCUGCAUGCAGUGUUACAAAGAAGCUGCUUACACCAAGAGGAUAGGAGCCGAGAAGGAGGUGGAAGUGAUCGGUGGAGCUGAUAAGUACCAGGCGGUGUGUAGGAAGUGUUACGGAGGCUUGGUGGUGGUGGACAAAGAGAACAGCGCCCCCUUCAGGAACGAGACUCCACAACAAGUUCUCACAGGGAAACUGGUGGACUCACAAGUUCCCAGGAAGCUUUUCUCCUCUCUCCAUCUCUGAACACUAAAAUAAGACUUGAUGCAGAAGUGUUUGAAGCCGGGAAUCAAAUAUUUUGCGUGUGUGAGAAAGCGCAGACAAUGGAGUAUUUUAUUGGACAAUAACUUUGAUUGAUUUGAUUUGAUUGGGAUCUUCCUGGUUUUUAGGUGCUAAAUAAUUGAAUUUCAUCAGCCAAUUAAUUUUCAUGUCUUGUAUUUUAUGUAGGCUUUAGGUUUUUUUUAAUGGGAAAUCACAAUGCACUUGAAACGGAGUACACAAACUAAUAACUCACUGUUGUAGGUUUGGGUUUUUAAUUUUAAAGUAUUUUUAACAAAGUAUUGUACAUGUGUAAAUGCAGUAUUUCAAUAUUCAUAAAGAAGAUGCUCUUUAUGGAAGUUUUGACUCAUGUUUUACCAUGUAAGGCAGGUUAGGAGUACUAUUAAAGGAAUACUCACUUACAUCCUUAAAUUAAAGGAACCCAGACCCAGUUAUCCUUAAAUGAUGUGUUCUAUAAGUGGACCACAUAGAACACAUUUCUCCAUGUUUAAAAAAAACAACCUCUAAAUGUCAAAGAUCUGUGAUGUGACAUAUACGCUACAUUGGGCGUUUAUGGUAUUUAUGCUUAGGAUAUUUAUUAUUUUAAAAUAGAGGAAAAACUAAACACAUUUUCUGCUUAAAGAGAGAAAAAUUUGACUUUUCCUUUUGCAUCUCCAUAACAUGUAUCAAAAUUGUGACUUUAAUUUGUUCAGGAAAUAUGGUCAGAACAAGUUAAAUGCAACAAAGGACACCCUAUUAACGGAUUAGAAUUGUUAAAUGGGUUUAAACUUAGCCUCGUAACAAAAAAUAAGCUUUUGAAAUGUUUCAAAUUUCUGUUUCCAGUCACAGCCACAUUUUGUCCACCACACCAGGGUGUUGAUUAUACGUCUCUUAGGGAUUUAUUGAGUUAAUGUGAAGCAUAAAGCUGAAUAUAUAUGGGAGAUUCUAGAAGAUUUAAAGUGUUUGUUACACAGGUGUCACCCUGGGUUCUUAUGGGUUAAAUUAAAGUAUCAGUUACUCGCCCUGAUACUUUAAACUGGUUCUCUCACAUAUCUGAACGAAGAAACUAAAAACGGUAAAUCCUUGAUGAGUUGCAGUAAAUGGGGACUGCAUUUAACCUCAAAGUUGUAUCAACACAUCUGUUUAGAAACUUGUAUAACCUGUACUGUUUGAGUUGUGAAAAGGUUUAUAAAAUAUUUUGAUAUUGA